GUUUUCAUAUUAUUUACGCCCCUCCGCUCUUGUAUGGUGGUUUCCAUGCUUCAGAGACGACAAACGUAGCGUACAGGGGUGACAUGACUCUGACCAGAGGAUCUUUCACAUAUGCCAGUGGGGAAGAGUACCACGGCGAGUGGAAAGAAGGUCAGAGGCAUGGUGUUGGCCAGCUCAAGUUUCAGGAUGGAACCUGCUACUCUGGCCAGUUUGAGAAUGGACUCUUCCAUGGCUCCGGUGUACUGCUCUUUACAGAUGGAUCCAGGUACGAAGGAGAAUUUGCACAUGGAAAGUUUCAAGGCGUGGGAGUCUUCAUUCGAUACGAUGGCAUGAAGUUUGAAGGAGAAUUCAAAGAUGGACGUGUUGAGGGAUACGGGCUAUUGACGUUCCCAGAUGGAGCUCAUGGUGUCCCACGAAACGAGGGUUUGUUUCAAAGCCACAAGCUGCAGAAGAGAGAGAAGUGUCCAGGAGUGGUGCAGCGUGCGCAGGCUUCAGCCUCCAACGCUCGCAGUCUGGCACUUUGACUGUCAUGGACCCUGGAGGAGACACAGUCUAGCACCUUCGGGAGGGCCUCAGGGAUGUGUUCUCGUAUACUCUUCUCCAGCUCUUCUCUCUGUCUUUUUUCUCUUUUUCCACCAUUACUCUCUUUAUUUCUUUUUCUGCAUCAUCCUUGCUUAGCCUUCACAGUGGCUUGGAAUGCACAUGCAAUUUGGCCAAACAAUGGCCUUCUGUAUCACUGACUUGAAAUGCACAACACCAUGAAGCACACCUUUUAACUUCACAAGUCCUGUAAACAUCAAAUGCUGCUGGUUUCCCCUUCUUCUAAUUCUUGUACCCAUAAACAGUGUCUUUGUGUUUUUUUUGUUUUUGUUUUUUAGAAAAGUUAGCUUUCAUAUAUCAAACAACGGAAUAUCUUCUUACCAUGUUAUUGCACAUCUGGUACUUUAAAGUGCUUUUUUUCUCCUGCAUUAGGAGUAGGUGUGAAGUUAGUCUCUAUGUUGAAGACUUUAGCCACUAAUUAGAUCAAUACACCUUAAAAUAAAUGCUGCAAUCCAUUACAACAGAGUGGUACUUAAAGGUACCCUAUGGAGUUUUUGACCUCUGGUACUGCAAGCUCGGAAACGUGGAUCUAAACAAUGCACAAUUAAAAAAAAAAAAAAAGUACAUGUUUUAUGAGGAAGGAAAUGCAUUCAACAUGUUAGUCAGCCCUUAAAGAUACACAAUGCAAUUUUGUUUGUUUACAAAAACACUCUACAGGGACCUUUCAAAUUUUCUCUUAGUUAACAGUGCUGCUGCAAACUUUAUCUUUGCAUGCAUUUUGUCACUGGUAUUUCUCCUUUGAGAAGAUCAGUAUUCACGUCACGUUUGCCUUAAAGACAUUUUGGUAAAAGAGUGUAGUUUCAAGAUGUCCCUCUGAAAAUGAGAUGACACACAGUUCCCUCUCCUUCUCUUCUCCUCUGCAUCAUAUGCCAUAAGGUGUCUGUCUAUCAUCCUAAUAAAUUUGAUGGCUGUUUGAAGAUUGCCUUCACUCUAAGGGACACAUAGCUAAGCUGGUGCUGAGUCUGAGCUCUCAUCACUCUCAAGUCCAGCAGCUCUGCUCCCUCUAAUAAACCCCCCUCCCAGUGGAAAUCAUGAGGAGAGGAGAUUUAACUCUGCUGGAUAAUUCUCUCGUUUUCCCCUGAACAACCUGAAAGACUUUAAUGAGUCACCAGUGUGGACAUCCUUAAAGUUGUUAAAUAAUCCUAAUUAGAUGCAUUGAAUUAGGAGAUUUAAUUGAGGCAGCUGAAUGAAGUGAUUUAUUACAAAAGAUCUAUAUUUAAGAAUAUGUAAUUAUACGUGUUUUCCUGUGAGGUGUAUACAUAUUUAUUGUCAGUGCUUGUGUUUGUUCUGACCUUUCAAAAAAAGAAAUGAAAAUUGUGUUACUGAGUUAUGUAAGACAAUGUAGUUAAGUAUUUUGAGGAAUUUAUUAACCACUAUAGCCAAUCAAAGCUAUUAUGUGAUUACAAAUUAAUUCAGUGCACUUGAACAGUUACUAGGCCUUACAGAGCAUGUGUAGAUAUGGCUUGUCUAGGGUGGCUAAUGUAGAAAUUCAACCAAAGACAAUCUAAUGAUAUUACAGGUAAGAAAGCCUGGAACAUUCAACAGAAGUUACAUGUGUCAUUUCUUACAGCUGGACAAUAAAGACGGAUCAAUAAGGACACAUUCACCUGGGGCUUUAGUGCGCAAGAAAAACAAAAGCACCGGAGAUUAAGCAAGAAUCUGAUAUGUGAUUCAGUUGUAAAUCUGUUGGAUUAUUGCAAUUACUGACUCAUUGUUAUAUUCUAUGAGGAAGAAAAAAAAUCAAUACUCAAUAACAUGAACCUAUACUGUUGCUUCCUUUGAAUAUCCCCUUUUGGUACAGCAGUGUACAAUCAGAAAGAUUGAAGGCAACAUUAGAAAAGCAGACCAGUGCAUGCAUCAGUACCACUAUCUCCAAGCACAGAAUGACACUUUAAUGUUGGCUGUAUGUGCAAAGUGUAAUAACCUGUAUUUCAGAUCAUGUAAUUGUAUUUUUUCUAUCUGCCAUUUCGGAGACGGCGCCUGCUCAAACAUUCUUCGCCUGCACAUGCCUGCCUGAGUGGAAUUGAAUUCACACAAAUUCCACAUACUGUAUAUUUCCAACUGGAAACAAAUGGUGCUUUAAAAGAAAAUGUGCCUGUCCAGACUUUCACCCAUCCUGGAAAAUAUCAUUGCCAUUGUUACCUUUUUUUAGUAACAAUAUAAUGUUGCUUUAAGUGCUCUUAGAUAAAACUACUGCACACU